AGAUUGGCAACACAACGGAAGCCGACGACAGCAGCAGCAACAGCAACAGCAACAGCGCAUUGAGGAGUUUAGUUGAGCAGCAAACAGAAAUCGAGAGAUUGUCGAACACGACGGAUGAAAUUUAACGGUAGUGUCGCAGUGCCAACGGCCGAGUUCAUAUUUCAGUGUGAAGUGGUCUUUGCAAAUUCUUCUUCUAACAUAGAAUUUUUCAAGUUUAAUAAAUUAAAGUGAAAAAAAAAAACAAAGAGAAAAAAUAAAUAAAUAAAAAAUAGUUCUGUGAAAUUCCUAGUGACAAGUGAAAAAAAAUUGUUAUUUACAAUUUCUGCAUUGAAUGGUAAAAACAUAGAAAUGCAUGCUACGCUGCUUUGUUGUGUCAACAUCUAAACCAGUUUUUUCUUUUGGCCAACACCACCAUUCCGUCGCCGUGAUUCAGCCAGUGUCAAAAUUUGGAACAAACGAAGGAUGCUGAAUCAGAAAUGAAAUUUGACUAAAUAAACAUCAUCUUUUUUCUUGGCGAUGGUACAAAUAUUCGCGCUGGAUUUAAUAGAGGCAAACUAAACACCAAAGUUCGUUCAUUUUUAAUUGAUUAAGUAAGAAAAGCACCAGCGGCAAAAAAAACCAAAUCAACAGCACAAACCAAACCAACAAAAGCAAUUAAUUUAAUAAUUAUCAAAAAACAAAAAGAAAAAUGUAAAUGAACUCGCCUGCCACAAUCAAUCGCAAAACGUGAAGACAAAAAAUAUAAGUUUCUUGUCCCCCAAUAAUCGAGUUGGAUUUUAAUUACUCUUGUGGCACAAUUUAAAUUCAAAUUCUUGCACACAAAAAAACCUACAACAAAUUGGACACAUUACUUGGGGCAGUUGUUUGGAGGCUCAUAACAAGACAAAUUACUCAUAAAUGAAACGCAAUUCUUUCUCAUCGUUAUUCAUCAUCUAAAGAAGACGAAAAGAAGUUACAAACAAAAAAAAAACUACAAGUCAAGAGGAUUUUAAUUGAAUCAACUUCAAAUUAGAAAAAAUAUUAUCUGAGGCACAUUGUCGUUGCAAAGUCAGCAGCAGCAGUAUCUUUUGCUGCACCAUCGCCACAACCACCACCAACGAAUAACCAGCAUCAUCCGUCGUGCUAUCAUCCAACCAAAAUGCCCUCACUAAGACAAAAGGUCACCACAUACUUCAGGCAAUUGAGUUUCAUUGCAGAACCACGAGAUGGUCCGAAAAGCCCCAGAAAGACAGAUGAUGAUAGUAAUUUUAUAAUCAAGUAUUUGGAGGGACGCAUGGAUCGCAAUUUCACACCCGGACCAGAAAUAAGUCACGGACAAAAUCCCAGCGAUUUACCACAGCUGAAAAUCGGUUCAUAUCCCACUGGUCCGCAUACAAUUACCGCAGCCUGUACAGGUCCCGAUGAUGGCCUGACAGGCAUCAAAAGAUCAAAACUACAUCUGAGUGCCAGUUAUGCGGAUGACAUUGACUUCAUCGAUACCAUACAGGAGACCGAUUGCUUUGAGGUGCGCAAAAGUAUUAACACAAAUGUCCAGAGUCGCAGUAAUAGUCAUAAAAUUCAACGUUAUGGCAGUAAUCGUCGCCUUAGCCAGGGAGCCACAUCCAGUGCUGGCGAUCAGAAUGCCAAUAAAACGAAUGCAAACGGCAGCGCGGUUGCCGGUGGUGGCAUGCGAUCGAGGAAAAAUUCCAAAUCAAGUAUAUCAAAUCUUUCACAAACUACCAAAGAUACGGCCAAGUCUACCAGCCAAAAGAAUGAAGAGAAUUUAAAUAAAUCCACCACCAUUGUGGUGAGUAUGGUGUCAACGGGCAAAGUGUCGACAACAACCACCGAUUUGCAAAACAGUGCUGCCAAUGACCAAAAUAAUAAAAAUCUCUUGAACACCAACACCACCACCAAUACAACAACAGCAACAACAAAGACUGAAGACACAUCACUGCUACAUCAGAAGACCAAAGAGAAUGGUGAAAAUCUCAAAACGGAUGCCACAGAAACCACAAAAAUCCUAGAGGAUACCACAGAACGUCUGCUAAGGGAGGCGGUUUCAAGUCAACCUCCCGCCAUGGACAGUGAAGAUGUCAUUGCCGGUGUCAGCAACUGGAAGAUGGAAAGCGAUGCGGCCUAUGGCAUAUCGGUGUCACUCUACGAAAAUAAUAUGUUAACCAAAGAACCCAUGGGUAAUCCCAUUGCAGACUGCUAUGGCAUGGUGGUGCGUGGAAACGCUGCAGCCAUGGCCUUGGCGGACGGUGUCAAUUGGGGAGAUGGUGCCCGUUUGGCAGCGCGUUCAGCUGUCCAUGGAUGCUUAGAUUAUUUGGAUCGUGCCAUAUUUGGCUAUUCCCAGGAGUGCAUGGCCACGACGACACAAGAAGUAUUCGUUAGCCUGCUGCGUAGCCUUUGGGAGGGCCAUGGUUGUAUUUUGGAGGUGGGCGGUGCUCUUAGUACAUUAACAAUAGCUGUAGUCUUACCCUUAGCCAAAGAUGAAAAUGUAGCUGUGAAUGGUACGGAUGGAGGUGUCGGUGAGAAGUAUGUGGUCUGUGCCUGCAAUGUGGGAGAUUCGCUGGGCUAUGUGUACUCCAAGAAACAUGGUGUGCGGGAGUUUACUUUGGCUUCCCAUGACAUUACCUCCAUGCGUGAUAUGCGUGAUGCCUUGGGGGCCCUGGGCCCUGCCGAUGGCAAUAAACCGGAAUUGAGUAACCUUACCCUGACCAUGACCAUCAUAGACAGUGGUGACAUUGUAUUUCUCACCUCGGAUGGCAUUAGUGAUAAUUUUGAUCCCGUGGUGGGUAAAUUUGCCGAGGCUUGGACACCAGAUGUAAAAUUAAUGCCCUCAACACCGGGCACAGGACCUCCCCACACCGGCGUGUUGGCGCCCAAGAGACAAAACAAAAGUGCUUCGGCAAUCUAUGCCCGUCUGCAUGGCUCCUCCAAUCCAACAAGUCCCCAGCCACCUGUCCGUCCACCACGCACCAAGAAAUCCUCAUCUCCCGAAAAUGCCACUUCCGGCUCACAAAGUGCACCAAGUCGACCAAAAUACAUGAGAUCUCAUACUGUCAUAGAACCAAGGAGGUUGUCGUCGACAGGCCUGCAUCCUUCGCUACAGCAAAGGGACUAUGAUUACAAACCCAAAAUACCUAAAUCAGCAACAGGAUUGCCAUUGGUCACUGGACCCCAGAGACAUGCCUUGACUCUCUAUCGUCUGGAAGAUCUCUUAAGUUAUGGAAUAAAUGGUACAUUUUCACCAUGUACCUCGGCGAGACGUUUGUGCCAUUUGCUCAUUGAUUUUGUGCGCAUGAUCACCUCUGCUCGACGUAAGACUUUAGAGCAAAGGGAAUUGUUUUAUAAGCUAUCCACAGGACCGGAUGGCAUUAAACGAGAAGUAGAGCUCAAUCGCAUGCAGCAUCGAGUUGCCCGUAAACGUGUCAUUGAUAGUCCAGCUUUUGCUGCCUUGCCCGGAAAAUUGGAUCAUGCCUCUGUGGUGGCUUACAUAGCCGGCAGUGGUGCAUCAGUUUCCGCAACCAAUGGUCAUGUUUCACAGCAAAGACCAAAUGAAGCCAACACAAAUGGUGCUGGCCACACAGUGGCAAAUGCUCCAUUGCAAUCAAAGGAAUUUCAGGAAACUAACUUUUAGACUUGGAACUAAAGAAAACAAGAUGGAACUAUAGUUUUAUACGGCAAAGAAUUUAAUGGAAACAAAAACAAGACAAAAAAUGUGUGCUUUAAAAGAAAAACAUAACCUAAAAAAAAACGAGAAAAUUUUACUUUCUUUGUUAGACUCCUGCCCAGAACUAAAGUUUACUCCCAUUUUAUGAACAUUUUUUUUUUAUUAACUAAGGCUUUGUCUAUAAAUUCCCAUAUUAGUUUUGUAAAAUUUACACACACACACAAGUAUACCCACAUAUAUGUACGCCUCAUAUUUAUUCAUUUUCCAAAUAAUUCCAAAUAUUUUUCACCAAAAAAAAUUAUAAUUAUAUACAAAUAAUAAUAAUUGUCCAAUCAUACUUUAAAAACCAAACUUAUUUUAUGAGCAAAAGAAAGACAAAUGAAAAAUAGGCUUUCUCAAAUCUAGGGAUUGGAAAAGGGAUUUUUUUACUGUGAACUGAAAUUAAUAUGGAAUCUGUGCAAAACCUGCAUUGUGAACCUAAUAUUUAAGAAAGAAAAUCAAAGAGAGCUAGAACUCAUGCAUAUUUUGAAUAAAAAUCAUUUCAUAAAUGCUUUUAAAUGUAA